UGCGAAGACAGGCUCAAGCAACAGCUUCAACUGCGAAGACCUGUCCGAGCAGCAGUGCAGCUCUUCCAGUUUCCUUGCGCGCGUCGGGGUCUUCAGGAGGCGCCAGGGAUGGGCAUGGAUUAGUCUGUCAACCCAUUUCAGGAGCCGCCUGCAUGGCGCCUCCGAAUCCGCUUCCCGUGAUCCUGACAGUGGGCAAGGUAGCGGUUGGCCUCUGGGGAGCUGCCACGGUCUUGAAUGCCUUAGCAUACAAGCAGUUCAUUGCAAGGAAGGACUUUGCUCCGCUCGAUGACCCCUUUGAGGAUCCGGGCGACCCGGACACAGUGUUGGCGCAGUUUGCAGUAGACAAGCCGAUUGCCUCAGAUGGCAGUGGAGAGGGGUUCUUCUUUGGUCUCGCCACGGCGCCUGCCCAUGUGGAGGAUGAGCUGGACGAUGCGUGGCUCGAGUUUGCGGAGGAGAGCGUGCCCGAGAAGGAGAUGGUGCAGUACGGCACGAGCGACAACAUGGAGGAGCACGGGCCGGGGGGCAGCAACAUUGAGGGGGAGAGCGAGGCGCGCAGCAAGGGCUUGAGCAGCAGCGAUGGCGCACACGCCACGUUGGCCAAGGAGGAUGGCAAUUCAAGCAAGCAGCCCAACGGGGUGGCCGCAGAGGAUAAUGAGGAUAACCUGCCCAUUGGACAGGGCCUCAAAGGGCUGACCGCCGAUGGCGAGGCUCUUGCGGUGGCGGCCUUCCACAACGUGCCCAAGCCGGAGCAGCGCCUCAAGUUCUGGUCGGAGCCAGACACCGAGCUGCAGCUGGCUGCAGGGGCCAAUGUCUCCGUGUUCCGCAUGGGGAUUGAUUGGGGCCGGAUUGUCCCGGACGAGCCUGCAGAGGGGACCGCUCAAGUGUUUGACAAGAAGGCCGUGGCGCACUACCGGUGGAUCCUGCGGCGCGUGCGGCACUACAAGAUGAAGGUCAUGCUCACGCUCUUCCACCACUCCCUCCCCAAGUGGGCCACCAACUACGGAGGAUGGACCAAUCACCGCACCGUCGACUACUUUGUCGAGUUCACCCAUUUGGCGGUGGAGGCGUUUGGCGACCUGGUGGACUACUGGAUGACAUUCAACGAGCCGCACGUGUUUGUGGGCUUGACCUACUGCGGCGCCAGCUGGCCGGGGGGCACCCCGCCCGGCGUGAUUGAGACGCUGAUGCUGUCCACGCCGUGGGGCCGCUUCCAGAAAGCGAUGCGCUACAUGGCGGAGGCGCACAUCAAAGCGUACGACAUCAUCCACAAGGAUGAUGAAACCCCAGGGGGCCCGGUGCACGCGGCGCGGGGCGCGCCGCAGGUGGGCAUUGCGCACCACGUGUCGUUCAUGCGGCCGUACGGGCUCAAGGACGUGGGCCCCGUGGUGGCGUCCAACGCCAUGACGCGCUUCAACUGGGUGGACAAGGUCUGCCACAAGCUCGACUACAUCGGGAUCAACUACUACGGCCAGGAGGUGCUGUCGGCCCCCGGGCUGAAGCUGGUGCCCGACAUCGAGUACAGCGAGGCCGGCCGCGGCGUCUACCCCGACGGCAUGUACCGCAUGCUGUUGCAGUUCCACGAGCGCUACAAGCACCUCAAGAUCCGGUACAUCAUCGCCGAGAACGGCAUCGCCGACGAGACGGACGUCAUCCGGCGGCCGUACAUGAUCGAGCACUUGCUCGCCAUCAAGGCCGCCAUUCACGACGGCGUGCCCAUUGACGGCUACUUCCACUGGACGCUGUCGGACAACUGGGAGUGGGCCGACGGCUACGGCCCCAAGUUCGGCCUGGUGGCUGUGGACCGCGAGAACGACCUUAAGCGCACCCCGCGCCCGUCGUACCACCUGUACGGCCAGAUUGCCAAGACGGGCACGGUGACGCAGGGCAUGCGCGAGCAGGCGUGGAAUGAGCUGCUGCAGGCGGCGGACGAAGGCAAGACGCGCAAGUUCUGCCGCGAGGUCGACGGCUGGGGGCUCAUGUAUGCAGGUGGUUUGGACUGCCCAACGGAGCGUGCAUAUGUAACGCGCGAUUGGCGCUUUGCACAUUAUGAGUACGAGGGCCUACAGGACCCAGUGUCGCGCUUCACGCGAUUCUUGGGUAGCAAGCUGCCCUUCCGGCGUGCUGACCCCGCACGCCCCGCAGCCGACCUGCCAAAAAACGGGUAGCUCCACAAGCUGUCGGUAGGAGCGCCGACAGCAUCCGGAUAGCCGGCCGCCCAGGGCUGCACCUGCGGGUUGCUCAGCCUAGCAAGCGGCAUUUGCAACAGCAAGUAGGCUAUCCGACUGUGCGCGUUGCAACCUUGAGAGUUGCAAUCACUUGUGGAGGGCCCUAGCGCAAAGCUCCGAACAACUCACAUAGCAUCGUGACUUGCCAAAAAAUUGGUUUAGCAUUGACUGUCAUUAGCAUCGAGACAUGAGACUCCUAGGUUGAAGAAUUAUUAUGCUAAAAGACGGUAGUGUGAGCCAGCUCAUGUGCAUUUUGGAAUUGUGUUGUUGAAGGCUCUUGUACACACGUGCAUCUGAUUUGUGCAAAGUAGGGCCGGACCGUUUCCAACUAUUUAGACCCUCUAGUGCAGCUAUAUUGUUGCAUGCUUGCUUGAUUGCACUUCAGCUGGGCAAAACCAAGGAUGUGUUUCCAACAAAAAAAACGAUUAAAACGGCAAGGACAACCUUCUGUGUUGCACGCAUCCUCAACCGAGUCAUCUACAACCCAGGAAAGAUUGAUCAGGUUUUGUUGACAGAAGUGUGUCCGAAUUAUGUUAUCUCGG